AUGGGUGGUGGUUACGCCGGAGCUCCCAAAGGUGAAACUGCGCAAAACAUCGUUUUAUGGGCUCUAGAAUCUGGAUAUAGACAUAUAGACACUGCAGCACGAUAUGCUAAUGAGGAGGACAUUGGAAUUGGUAUUAUCAAAAGUGGUAUUCCGCGUGAUCAAAUUUUUAUCACUACAAAAAUUUGGGAUCAGGAUCAAGGUUACGAAUCAACUCUCAUGGCAGCAGAGACUUCCUUAUCAAAACUUCAAACUUCUUAUCUUGACUUACUACUCAUACAUUCACCUAGACCUGGCUCUCAAAAACGUAUAGAAAGUUAUAGAGCUUUACAAGAAUUAGUUAAACGAGGAAAAGUUAAAAAUAUUGGUGUAUCAAAUUAUUGUAUAAAACAUUUAAAGGAGUUGAUGGACACUAAUCCUGAAAUUAUGCCAGUUGUUAACCAGCUUGAAGUUCAUCCUUGGAAUAAUCGAAAAGAAAUUAUAUCAUAUUGUAAAGAACAUAAGAUUCUUGUAGAGGCAUCUUCUCCGCUUACCAGAGGAAAAAAAUUAAAUGAUCAUAUUCUUGUUAACAUCGCAGAAAAAUAUAAUAGGUCUACAGCUCAAAUUUUGAUUCGUUGGUGCCUUCAAAAUAAUUUUGCCGUGUUGCCAAAAAGUACAAAUAAAAUGCACAUAAUUGAUAACACCAAUGUGUAUGAUUUCGUGAUUGAAGAUGAAGAUAUGAACAUUCUCGAUAAUUUAGAUGAACAUUUUAUUACCGGCGGAUGGGAUCCAGUUACUGCAGAUUAA